AUGGCUGUCUUUGAAAAGCAGGAUACGGCCCGUGUAGGCCGUAAAAACCAAGUUUACUCUACGUUAACUGGUGCUAGACUGGUAGCUGGAUGUGUGUGUCUAGACGAAUCAAAGAGACAUGUACUCAUGAUUCAAUCGUCAGCUCAUAAGAAGAAGUGGGUUCUGCCAAAAGGUGGUGUCGAAAAAGACGAGCCAGAUUCUAAGACUACGGCGAUGCGCGAAACGUGGGAAGAGGCUGGCGCUCUGGGGGACAUAGUGAAAGAAUUGGGCGUUAUCGAAGACAUGCGACCACCCAAGGACUGGAACAAGGACAUCAAUUCAUUUGAGACUCAAGAUGACGGACAGGCUUGCAAGCAUCCACCCAGGUCGGAAUUCCAUUUCUACGAGAUGCAAGUAAAGUCUUUGGCCCAGGAGUACCCUGAGGUUCACAAGCGCAGUAGGCAGUGGUUUUCAUACAGCGAAGCGCGGGAACAAUUAAUAAGGGCCAAACGACCAGAGUUGCUGGAAGCACUUGAGCGCUCGAACCUUUGUAAAGACUAA